GGAGGAGGAGAGAAGAAGAAGCGAAAGCAACGCCGCAAGGAAAGCUACGCUAUCUACAUCUACAAGGUGCUGAAGCAGGUCCAUCCGGACACCGGUGUCUCGUCGAAGGCGAUGAGCAUCAUGAAUAGCUUCGUGAACGACAUCUUCGAGCGUAUUGCUAACGAAGCAUCUCGUCUGGCCCAUUACAACCGACGGUCGACGAUCACCUCCCGCGAGGUACAGACCGCCGUUCGUUUGCUGUUACCGGGCGAGCUGGCCAAACAUGCCGUAUCGGAAGGUACCAAGGCCGUUACCAAGUAUACCAGCUCGAAGUAA